AUAGAAAAUAACCUCAAAAAAUAGUCGCGUUGUUUUUAUUUUUCUCUGCCGGCUUUCUUCAUGUUUUGGGUGAAAUAACUUGGAAAUUGUCCUCAAGGAAAUGGUUCUGAGUAUUUCACCGGGUACUUCAGCAAUGGAGACACAACCGCCCACAAAAUUUGUACCAGUAAAUGAGGAAACAGACGAGGAAGAGUGCAAAAUUCACAUAAGCAACAUUCCUCAUAAGCUCCGGGGGCAGGGAUUGAAGAAUUUAUUCUUGAAAUUCGGGAAUGUUGUCCGGAUUUAUCAUCCUUCCGGCAGUAGGUGGGCUUUUGUGACGUACAGCAACAAAGCGGAAUGCGAGAUUGCUAUUAUGAGGAUUCAGGAUGUUCUUGGCAUGAAGGCGGAUUUUGCGAUAAAGAAGGAGAAACGUGAGGUAGAGGAUAUGUUGGAUCAGUACCCUAUUUUACCUAUUCCGGAUCCAAAACCAACUCCAGAGGAAGAAGCUGCCAUGAAGACCACUCCCUUUCAUUUACCUACAUUUGAGUACAAGUUCCCACCAUUAUUGGUGACGGAGGAAGAUUAUAAGAAUCCCAAAAUGAUGAGCUUUGAUCCAAAGAGGGAAUACCUCAUUUCUCAUGAUAUGUUUUGGGCAUUGAAGCUACGGAAGGAGUUUGAGAAGAAGGAGAAACCCAAAAAAUCAAACGAGAGCAUUGCUGAUGAUGCUGGAGGGGAAGAGAUCUCUCAGCAGGAAAUCUUUUCGCUCAACUCUCCGGAAACAGUGACUGUUCCUGACAUUGUCUGUGUGUGCUGCCAAAACAGGAGAUCUUUUUACGAGUGCCCAAGAUGCAAAACACCAUUCUGCUCAACAAAAUGCAGUAAUCUCUACAGGAAGAAUCAUCUGAGAUACUGUGGAAAGGUAGUGCCAGAGGAACCCAUUGAGAAUCCUAAAAUGCCACAACCACGCGUAGAAUUUCCAAAGAGCAAAUCUCAAGUCUCUGUUAUAUCCAUUUACAAUCCCCGAGAGAUUUUUGUGCGCUCUCUUGCCUCAGAUGCAAAUUUCGGGUAUUUGCAGACACUGAAUAAGGUUCAUGGGCACGCAGUUGGUGCAAAGUACCUGACAGAGUCACCUCAACCCAACUCGAUGGUUCUAGCGAAGCGAAAGAAAUUCUUCACACGAGCAUUUGUAGUCUCCACCGAAGAAGAUCACGCCACGGUGAUUCUGUUUGAUUUUGGAUCCAUUCAGAAAGUCCCGUGGAGAGAAUUAAAGGAAACUUGCGAAGAAUUGACCUCCCUGCCACGCUAUGUCUUCAAAUGCCACUUAAAAGACGUUAAAGCUGUUGAAUAUAAUGCCAAAAUACGGGAAUACAUCCAAACGUACGAUGAGAUGAAGAUAAUCUACGAUUCAUUUGACCAGGAAGAAAUUCCAGAAAUUACAUUGAAAAGCCACAAUGGAGAAUUAACGGAAAAUGAGGAAAUUAAAAAAAUGCUGCAGCGCUUCCUCAAGAAAGUCACAAUUGAAACGCCUUCCCUUGCAUAUGUGCCUGAAACCCCAACCUGGCCAACAAAGGAUGUUGAAAUAAUUAUCCUGGAAAAUUCUACUCUCAACAGGGGCUACAUCUCCUGUGCCAUCUACACGCAGUACAUUGAGUUCCUGCAUCAGUGGGAAGUUAUGCAACUUCAAUGCGACAAUCUCGGCGACAUUUACGUCCCAUUGCGCGAUACAAUGUCCCUCGUGCGGCUUGAGGAGGAUGGAAAGUGGCAUCGAGCCAUGUGCAAUGAAGCCAAUCACUACAAAAUCCUCAAUAUUAUGCUGGUCGACAGUGGCCAAAUGGGGAAUGUCAGCACGAGCAAUUCCCGGAAGCUUCCGGGAGAUUUUGAUUUUCCAUCUCCGCUGAAAAUUUGUAAGAUUAAAGGACUUCCGGAUAAAUUGGAUGAGGAUCGUGUGGAAGAAUUGAAGAAACUCCUUCCGCAAAAUAGGCGGCUAAUUGCCAAGGAAUUGGUAGAGGAUGAAGAAAACAUUCUUCUGACUCUAGAGGAAGUUUCUUCUUAGCUCUUUGGCGACAAUAGGAUCGUAAAGUAUAGCCCUUUGCAUUAUUAUUUACAGGAAUAUUUCUCAAUAGUGCUUGAACAUAUUUUAAGAGAAGCAACAGGACUUCUUCAAGGACUCACAGGAUCAGUAAGGAUGAAAAACUAAAAACAAAUGUUGCGAUAUUUCGCUGAAAAUUUCUUAUUUGAGCUCAAGUUAACCCUUUCAUAAAAUAUUAGGUGUAUUUAUAUGAAUGUAUCAAUCUCCUAAUUCAACCAGUCAAUGUGAUUUAAUUGCACGUUGGUGAAAUAAGGCCAGCUUGCAGAAUUCUGUAUUCGAACCGACGACUUUUUGGAUGUGAACUUGAAGGCUAUAUCAAUUACAGAAUGUUUUUGUAGGAGGAUGCGAGUUUAAAAGAAACGAAUCUUUUCCCAAAGCUUUCGGCGUUUCACCACGCCUUCCUCAGUGGUAAGAUUGCCAAUUAUUUGAACCCUUGUCAACAAUCUCUUUUGCUUCUCUUGGCAUUUUACAUCGGCAGGGAAUUUUCACUAGAUUUUUCUCAAUUUUUCCUUUCUUUUUUUUCUUCUCUGUGGAGCGAACGCACAGUAACCAAUAAAAGGUUCCGCAAAGAAUUUAUUAAUUAAAUCUAUCAAUUACAACUCUGACCCUUAAUGGUGUAUGUACCUACAUAAAAUAAGAUUAUAAAAAGAUCUUUUUUCGUGUAAAAAUCAUGAAAGGAUUAACAUUUUUUUGGAAACGUGUAUUUUUUAAAUUUUGUAUUGUCUGAAAUGAAUUAUGUAUAUUUGAUGGAUUUAUUUUCAAUUGUUCUAUCAAUUUUAAUUAAAGAAAUAAACAUUUUUCCUAAUAA